GUCUGUCCUCGCAGGGAUCCGAGCGCCCCCUCCUGGGGACGGUGCUCCGGCCGCGGUCAGCUGUUGGCUAGUUGGGAGAGUUCCUAAACCGCAGUGGAUCUCAAGCCUCGUGGGGGAGGCGCCCUGGUUCGGUACUCUCGAGUCUCCGGUAUUAGCUGGGCUCCUUCUUGAGUGCUCUAUGUCCCUUGCCCUGGGCCAUGGAACCAUUGCAGGGAGCACAGCCGCGCCUCUCUCUGAAGAAGGGGAAGUGACUUCCGGCCUCCAGGCUCUGGCGGUGGAGGACACCGGAGGUCCCUCCGUCUCGGCUAGUAAGGCCGAGGGAGAGGGGGAAGGCCGUCAGGAGGAGGCUGGGCGUGAGGGAUCCAGGGCUGAGGAGGCACUAGAGGCUCCCGGCGCUGCGGGCGACGAGAGUGCCGAGGGGGAAUCGGAAGACUGGUGCGUAGCCUGCAGCGACGAGGAGGUGGAGCUGCCGGCCAAUGGGCAGCCCUGGAUGCCUCCCCCCUCCGAGAUCCAGCGUCUCUAUGAACUGCUGGCUGCCCAAGGGACUCUGGAGCUUCAAGCGGAGAUCCUACCCCGCCGGCCGCCCACUCCUGAGGCCCAGAGUGAAGAGGAGAGAUCAGAUGAGGAGCCCGAGACCAAAGAGGAGGAGGAGGAAAAGCCGCACAUGCCCACAGAAUUUGACUUCGAUGAUGAGCCAAUGACACCAAAGGACUCGCUGAUUGACAGAAGACGUACACCAGGAAGCUCAGCCCGGAGCCAGAAACGGGAGGCACGCCUGGAUAAGGUUCUCUCAGACAUGAAGAGACAUAAGAAACUAGAGGAGCAGAUCCUUCGGACUGGGAGAGACCUCUUCAGCCUAGACUCCGAGGGCCCCAGCCCCGGCAGCCCUCCACUGCGAUCCUCAGGAAACAGUCUCUUUCCCAGGCAGCGGAAGUACUGACCGCCGGUGCUGCUCCCGGCCCACAGGUGCAGACUGUUCGUGCUGGGCAUGGCUGGCCUUCCCCAGCCCAGGCUCUGGGAAACUUGUACCAGAGAAAAAAGCCUCAAGCUCCCAGUGCAGUGCCUUGCGGGAGAGCGAGUGUGUGUUCUGUUGAGUGUCUGCUUGCAGCUCUGAGCUGGAUUUGCUGAGUCUAAUAAAGGAUGCGGGAUGAGCUUAGAAA